GUGCAGAACAAUAACCUGCAUGAUGCUGUGCUUUAGGAGGAAAUGCCGUGCCACUGGUCAGUGAGCCGAAAUCAUGUUUUCCACCUGCUGAAGAGUGGAAGAGCCUCGCACCGCCACUUGUGUAGGUUCAAUAUGAAGUUAUUACAUAGUGGAUGUUUUGGUGGGAAUCGCUUCUAACGGAGGAAAACCACUUUCACUCAUGGCCAGUCUGGAAAGGAAUAACAGAAUCUUGCUUGAUUUGGUGCGACAGCCUGGUAACAACAUAUGUGCUGACUGUGGAGUUCCUGAGCCUGACUGGGCCUCCUACACGCUCGGUAUCUUUGUUUGCCUCAACUGCUCAGGGAUGCAUCGCAAUUUGCCCGAUGUCAGCAAAAUGAAAUCCAUACGUUUAGAUCACUGGGAAGAUUCACUAGUAGAGUUCAUGCAAGAGAGGGGAAACUGUGCCGCCAAAGCCAUUUUUGAGAAGUGCGUCCCUGCCUUUUUCUACCAGCCGCAGCAAAAAGACUGCAUUGUUCUCAAGGAUCAGUGGAUUCGUGCAAAGUACGAAAGAAGGGAAUUCACCGGGGAAAAUAACUACUAUCAGCAAGUUUAUAGCUCAGAUCUGUUUGAGACAACACUAUGGAAGAAGGGAAAAGACAACAAGCAGUUUCUGAAGAGGAGCUUCCUCCUGUCCCAGAAAGACUUCACCCUCAGAUACUUCAUUAAGGGGGACUCCAAGGUUCCCAAAGCUGUCAUCAGCGUGAAUGACCUGAAUGCAGUUUUCCAGCCAGAGAAGGUGGGUCACGCUCACGGCCUGCAGAUAUCCUACCUGCAGGACAAACGUAUGAGGAAUCUGUUUGUUUACCAUGAGAAUGGGAAGGUCAUUGUAUCCCUAUUCAAUGCUUUACGGGCGACACGCCUGGCGUACCUCCGGAGGAAACAUCCCACUCUUCAAGACAAUGACUUAAUACCUCAGUUAACCAGACACUGUCUGAAGGAGGGAUACAUGGAGAAAACUGGCCCAACGCAACGAGAGCCGUUCAAGAAAAGAUGGUUCACGCUCUGCUCCAUGGACAGAAAGCUUCUGUAUUUCAAAACUCCACUGGAUGCUACAGAGCUGGGCGCUGUCUUCAUUGGCACAGAAAGCCACGGCUACUCAGCGUCAGAGAGCAGCAGCGGCAGCAAGAGCACGAGGGGAGGCCGGCGGCACUGUGGCAUCAGCCUGCAGACUCCAGACAGGCAGUUUGUGUUUCUGUGUGAACAGGAGCAAGAGCAGAGGGAGUGGCUGGAGGCUUUUAGAAAGGUCAUCUCUCAACCCAUGACCCCAGAGGACUACGCUAGUAAGACACUGACUUUACACCCAAUACAAGGAAGGCAUAAAAAAUGUGGAUGAGUGUUUUAUAGCCCUUUUUGUAUGGCAGACAUUUUCACAGGUCACAGAAGGAAAUGCACAAAUAAUGAUAAAAAAAGAAUGAUGGCUGAGUUCCAUUUAGCUUCGUCAGUUUUAGUGUGCACUCUGUCCUGACUCACAUGAACAGAACAGAGCCACUGUUAGUGUUGUGGGUGCAGUAAGUUAGGACCCGAAUGCUUUUGCACUCAUCACACGAACGUCAGACAGGCAAAAGUCUGGAAUCCAAAAUUAUUCCUUUUUGUGUUUUUAAUUGUGAAAUAAAAACAAUUCAAAAGUACGGAGCUUAAAAUCUUGACCUUUCUAUAAAAAGCUAACUGAGUUUGGUGUAGGCCAAAAGACUGUGUUGCUCCAAGGUCCAGUGGUUUCUGACCUAUUUUUGCUGGCGCUUUCCAUUUUAAAUGCCACCAGUCACUGGUCAAUAUUCCCUUUUCUACAUCACAUUUGCAACACAGAAUAUGAAUUUAGAAAAUAGCUCUCACAUAACAAAUUAGAAUUUACACAAACUUAAAUUAUGUUCGCAGAAACAACAAGUGUCAUCACGUAAAACCUGUGCAUUUCUUGCUGAAACAUGUCAAAAUGGCUGCUGUGCAAAAGGCCUGUUGUUCCUAAGUCUCUGUUUUUCCUCUCCAUCUCUGAUACAGAUGAAGCCAAAUUAAGAAGAGGAAAAUGAGCAAACACAUCAAAUACAAAAAAAGUCCAGGAUGCAAUAAAGAGAAUUUGUACUUUUGGGGCAUUACAGAAUGAUUGCCUCAUUUCCAAUAUGCUCUUACACCUGUUUAUGAGGACAAAGCCCAAUUAAUGGGAAGACAAUUCUUUAUUUGUCUCACUGUGGAGAAAUGUAUCAAAAAUCAGUAGCAUAUAAGAAAUAGGUAAUAAGUCAGGUAAAAGAAAAUGUAGAACAAAAGAAACCAAAAAAAAAAAAAAAAAAAAUAGCAGGAAUAACAAUACAUACACUAGAUUGCAUGUAGCAGAUGUUGUUAUAUCACAAAUAUUGCACAGUUAAAAUGAUUAAGACAGGGUCUCAAAACUGCGGUGCUUGUCGUUGAAGCAGCGCAGGUUGUACAGUAUGAGGGGAUAUUAUCCACUAUAUCAUAGAUCAUUUUUAAUGCACGUAAUUUGCUAUUGUUGUAGUAAUUUUGUAGUUUGUUGAAUUAUUAUGCACAUUUGUGAUUACAUACUGAGGUUAUGUCAGUCUUUUACACACUGAUUCUUCACAGCUGUGUAUAAAAGCCAAACUGAAACAGAAAACUCUUCACAAAUGGAAUAAAUUUGAU